UCUUUUUGGCGGUGUUUUAUGUAUGAAAAGAAUGGUUGAAGAAGAUGAAACAACCCCGAGGUGUAGCACCAGCAGUGGAAACAACAGCAGUAUCUGUAGAUCUUCCAAGAAGAAGAGGCCUAAGAAAGUACCCCGGAGAGCGCUCGGUGUGGCGCAACUCGAGAAGAUGAGGCUAGAAGAAGAACAGAAGAAAGAUCUAAUCUUUAGGCCAUCUUUUUCUGUUGUCUGCAAUGGGAACACUUUUGGUGUUCCUUUGAUUGAUGGUCAUAGACCUUGGGGUUUGAUGCUAAGGGGACAGCAACCUUCAUUUUCAAUUGUGAAUUUGUCAUCAAGAACUUCGUCAUCAACAUCUGUAAUGAAUUUUCAGAUGGAGCUCCCUUCAAACCAAAGCUAUUAUAAAAAUUUUAAACCUUUGUUGCCUGAACAUGAUAAGGUGAUUGGCAUGAAGAGACCAUACCCUUUCUCCUUAGACAAUGCUCCAAGCCCCCCUUUCCCAUAAAAUAUUUUCCUCCCAUUGUUCAUUCCAUCAAUGGACAGGUUGAAGCUACUUCAAUUAGCAAAGCUCCCACAUCCGACAUCUCGAAUUUCACUUUCUGUCCUCGUAACGUCAAGAUUCAAACCUCGAACUUAUUUCCGUACCUUCUCUUGUAAUCUAUACCAACCUUUUUUCAUAUUUGUUCAAUCUCUUCCCAGGGAAGGGCCUCCAUGUUCAACCUCAAAUAGGGUGAGAUUUUCUCACAUUAGCCCCUCCAACAACUACACCAAUGUGUUCAACCUCAAAAUCCAAGCCCUCUAUCAAAUUCAAGCUUUGAAGAUUGAAUUCCGAAACAUGGCGGCGAAGGAUUAAACCGGCAGCCGCCUUACUACAGCUUCUUUCCACCACCCGCAAUGGCUGAAAUUGAACGAGCAAGUGCAGUAACGAUGUCUAAUUGCAAAAAUGGAGAAGUAGCUGGACAUGUUGAUCUCAAUUUAAAGUAUUAAACCAUA